AUGGUCAGCUUUUACGAUCUCAAAGCAGAGAGGCCCAAGGGCGAUGCUCUCGACUUCAACGAGCUGAAGGGCAAGGUCGUCCUGAUUGUGAACACUGCUAGCAAGUGCGGCUUCACACCUCAGUGUGAGUGGGCAGAAUGUCUUUCAGCAGCCCUUCGGUCGAGUGUCGUAGCCAGGGCAGGAACGCGGGAUGGAGACGUGCAGACGACAAGAGGUGGCGAUCGCGGAUCGCAUUGAGCCAUCAUUCCGCGGAGCUUUCGGCACGUUGGAGGUCAAGCAGCGUCCAGGAUGCUCAGACACCUGACAAAGCGCGCUGCUUUAUCAUCUGAGUGCUUCCUGGCGAGGACUGGUGCAGGUCCCAACAUCCGUCGGCGAUACACUACGAACGCCACGUGGCUGACACUCUUGCACAUCAAAUCGGCAGUCGAAGAACUCGAAGACUUGAACAAGAAGUACAAGGACCAGGGUUUGCGCAUCAUUGGCUGUGAGUGCUUAUGAGGAAGCAACGAAGCCUGGCAGCGCCGAACAGCCUGACGCUUACGAUCUGAAUUUGCCUCGCUGCCCUUCAGUCCCUUGCAAUCAAUUCGCGAAUCAAGAUCCAGCCGAUGACGAGGGUAUUGGCGCAUUUUGUGUCAAGGUGAGCGUUGCGAUGCGACGUCGAACAGACAAGGAUAAGCCAGAGAUGGAGAUGCCGCAUACGUAGUAGUAAGAAAGCCAGGAGAAAGGCGGUGCGCGCUGGUACAAGCGCACAGAUGUGGAGAGCUGAGAUGCCAAGCUCAAGCUUCGACACGGGAGGACUUCGGGUCUAGCCUCUGACAUUGGAGAGAGCGAGUUUCCGAUCGACAAACGCAGAGCGCGCUGAGGUGAUGCAACGGGCGCGCUUGUGGCAAGCGAAAGCGCCGAGCAUCAUUGUGACGCAGGUGCUGAGUCGCUGCUUCAAAGCCAAGGUGUGGUGCGCGGGCGUGCUGAGUGGCGGUGUUGCGGAUUGCCGGGAACCUCUCUCUGCGCGGCAUGCUCCGUAAAGCAUCGCCGCUUCCUAACCUUUUGCGCUGCACAGUGCUGAAGUUCCAACCUCUCUACACGCCUGAUCCACCUUUCAGAACUACGGCGUCUCCUUUGACAUCAUGGCCAAGUCGGAUGUGAACGGCGCCAACACCAACGAGGUUUUCAAGUAUCUCAAGAGUGAGAAGUCUGGCCUCCUCGGCACCCAGGGCAUCAAGUGGAACUUCACCAGUGAGUCAGAACCAGCAACCCCCGCUGCGCUGCGCUUCGACAUUGACAAAGCCCGCGCUUCAUCGGUGCAGAGUUCCUGAUCAACAAGGAGGGCAAGGUCGUCGAGCGGUACUCUCCCACUGCUAAGCCGAGCAGCAUCGCGCCUCAAAUUGAGAAGCUGCUGGCUGCCUAA